AAAAGACGUUCGUUUAACAUGUGCUUGCUCGGUGGAGAACUUAACCCGUCUCUCGCCUCUCGUAUUCUCCUCGUCGUCCAUCGACGGCAUACGCAAACCCUAACUACCACGCGCCGCCGCCCAAUCUGUGGGAGAUCGAAUUUGAAGCCCUAGCCUCCUUCCAACCGCGGAAUCAGCCGCCGGAUCGCCGCCGCACUUGAAGCGUUUUCUGUUGCAGAUUAUGGAAUAUUGUUGAAGAAAUAUAUGGUUUUUAUCAAGGUAGAUCGUGUAUUGGUAAUCUCGGGGAGCAAAAAAUAGUGAGUCCCGUUCGGUACGAAUCUUCAUGGGUGAAGAUAGUGUUAGGCAUAUUGGAAUAUCCUCCGGAUUGGCUGUUCUACUAUCCGAUGAUAAACCAAAAGGUAAUCCCCAAAAGUCCCGCUUGAUUUCUUAUUGUGAUAGCAUCGGUGAUCAUUCGGUGGAAAGGACUCUGGAACAUAUUUUUGAUCUACCUCACAAAUCAGUUCGUCCCUCUAGUAGUUUAAUUGAUGUUGAUUUCAUCCGGUCAAUCUUGAACAAACAACUGCCAAGAUUUCAGCAGGAAAAUGAUUCUGAUUGCUAUAAAAGAGAUGGUCUAUCCAUUCUUGACGGUGGUUCUGCCCCAAAUGCUGUUGUCAUAGACAACGCUAGCACGCGUGGAGAUAUCAAGACCAUAAGGAAACCAUUGCUUGUAGAAAGCCAGACAGUGUUCAGUAGUGCCCGAGCAAACGCAUGUGCAUGGAAGGGGAAAUGGAUGUAUGAAGUGACGUUAGAAACUUCUGGAAUCCAACAACUUGGAUGGGCUACUGUUUCAUGCCCAUUUACAGAUCGGAAAGGCGUGGGUGAUUCAGAAGAUUCAUAUGCAUUUGAUGGAAAGAGAGUGAGCAAAUGGAACAAAGAUCCUAUGCCAUAUGGUCAGUCGUGGGUAGUGGGCGAUGUCAUUGGUUGUUGCAUAGACUUGGACAGUGAUGUGGUCUCCUUUUUGAGAAAUGGGCUUUCUCUUGGAGUUGCAUUUGACAGGAUCCAGAAAAUGAGCCCUGGGAUUGGAUAUUAUCCUGCAAUUUCUCUUUCUGAUGGUGAGCGUUGUGAUCUGAAUUUUGGUGCUCGCCCAUUCAAACACCCUGUUGAUGGGUUUCUUCCUAUUCAGGCUCCUCCAAUCUCUAGAUAUUAUGCUAAUUACUUGCUUAGUUGCUUGACCAGGUUACUGGAGGUACGAUGUUUGGAUAAACCUGACUCAGCAUAUUUUGAGAAAUUGAGGAGGUUUAGGAGGUUUGCACCCCUUAAAGAACUGUUUUACCCUAUAUCUCAUGGUAUCCUAGAAGAAUUCUUUAAUGUGAUUCAGUCAAGUGAGGGGAGCUUUGAAUAUAUUGCGUGGGGUGCACUUCCAUCUUGUUUUUUAGGGAUAUUUGGUAUACAUGAACCACAUGAUUAUGCAAGUUUGGAUCAGGUUCUCGAUUUAUUUCUAGAAUUUCCAGGAUCCGAUCCAUUGUUGCAGCAUCUAAUUGUGGCACUUUCAUGUAGUUGUAAAGUGGCACCACUUGUUCUGACAGAGUGUCCUUACUCUGGAUCGUACCCUUAUCUGGCACUUGUCUGUCAUAUUCUCAGGCGUAAAACUAUGAUGGUUCUGUGGUGGAAAUCACCAGAUUUUGAAUUUUCACUUGAAGGAUUUCUCUCAAUGAAGAGGCCAAACAAGCAGGAUUUACACUGCCUUAUUCCAUCUGUUUGGUGGCCUGGUUCCUGUGAGGAUGUAGGCUGUGAAAGUAGCAUGAUGUUAACUAUGACUGCACUAUCUGGUGCUAUGAACAAGAUUGAGGAGAUGCACCAGCGACUUUGUAGUUUGGUCAUACAUUUUGUGCCUCGGGCAGCCCCCUGCCAGCCACCUGGUUCUGUGUUUAAUACAUUCUUGCAGAAUUUCAUCUUGAAGGUCAGAGGUGCAGAGCAUAAGAUGACUUCUUCCAAUGUAUCAAAUAACUCAGUUGUAGUUUCUCUGUACACAGUAAUCCUACGUUUCCUAUCUGAAGGUUUUCCUGUAGAGGGCAUAUCUGGGUUCGUGAAAGGUUCUGGAGUGAAUCUUGGAGCCAACGUUGGAUUUCUUCAUAGGGGUGGAAAGCGAAGAUUUCCUGUGGAGUUGUUCUUCACAGGUGAUGCAAAUUGUGCUGGAGCCCGUAGAAUAGGAGGUUCUUUAAAUCACCUAGUUAACUCUCAACUAUUUAAUGAGGAACAAACAAAAGAAGUACAGUGGAUCGAAGGCUGCAUGGAUGAUGAAGAAACAACAGUAACACAUUCUACUAUUCAGAAGCCAUGUUGUUGUUCAAGUUCUGAUGUUGAUGAUAUCCAAACAGUAGAAGAUAGCAUUGGAUAUACAUCUAGAGGUUUGAAGGGUUUUUGUAUUCCUAUUUCUGAGAGAUCACUUAAUGUGGUAACAUUGUGCAAUUCCAGAAGUCUAGGUGAUGAAAUUGUCGAUAAACCUAGUUCGAGCAAUCAGUCAGAUGUUGAUACUGGAUGCCGAUCUUUGCCGUGUCCAGAGAGCAUAGCAACAACUAGUGAAUUAUCAUUGGAAGUACUAAGAGAGGAAGAGCUGCUUGAUAUGAUGCUAUUUCUGUACCAUUUAGGUGUUGCACCAAACUUUAGGCAGGCGUUUUAUUACAUGUCUCAUCAGUCACAAUCAAUUUCUCUCUUAGAUGACACGGACAAACAAAUAAGAGAAAGAUCCUGCAUUGAGCAGGUGAAGCGUUUGAAAGAAGCACGUAAUGUAUAUCGAGAAGAAUUGGUUGAUUGUGUCAGGCAAUGUGCAUGGUACCGCAUCUCUCUAUUUUCUCGUUGGAAGCAAAGAGGAAUGUACGCAACAUGCAUGUGGGUUGUGGAGCUGCUUUUGGUUCUAAGCAAUACUGAUUCUAUAUUUUGUUUUGUUCCUGAGUUUUAUCUGGAAUCACUGGUUGACUCUUUUCAUGCAUUACGGAAGAGUGACCCUUCAUUUGUUUCUUCUGCUAUUUUUAUCAAGCAAGGCCUUGCUUCAUUUGUCACGUUUGUUGUGAAGCACUUCAAUGAUCCACGGAUACAAAGUGCUGACAUCAAAGAUCUUCUUUUGCACUCCAUAUCAUCCUUGGUACAGUGCAAGGACUACCUAGUUGCUUUUGAGGACAACAAGGAAGCAAUUCAGAGAUUGCCCAGGGCAUUGCUGUUGGCAUUUGAUAACAGAUCCUGGAUUCCGGUUGCAAACAUAAUUCUCAGAUUAUGCAAAGGUUCUGGAUUUAGUUACUCAAAUCAUGCAGGAUCCUCAUCAUCGGCCCUUUUCCAGGUACUAUUUCGAGAGGCUUGUGUCCAUGAUGAAGCUCUAUUUUCUUCAUUCCUCAAUCGUCUUUUUAACACACUUAGUUGGACUAUGACUGAAUUCUCAGUGUCUAUCCGAGAGAUGCAAGAGAAUUAUCAGAUUGGUGACUUGCAGCAAAGAAAAUGCAGUGUUGUUUUUGAUCUGUCAUGUAAUCUCGCAAAGAUUCUGGAGUUCUGUACACGUGAGAUCCCUCAGGCAUUUCUCUUGGGGCCUGAUAUGAAUCUACGGCGGCUUACAGAAUUGAUCAUAUUUAUUUUGAACCAUAUAAUUUUCACUUCAGAUUCUGAGUUUUUUGACAUGUCAGUUAGGCGACCUUGCCAAUAUCAAGAGAAAACAAAUCGAGCCAUUAUCUUAGCACCUCUUGUUGGUAUUAUAACCAGCUUAAUGGAUGCUCACACAAAUUUGGAACAAAUGGACCUGAAUGAUGUUGUAGGGGUGUUUGUGAGCAUGGACUGCCCUGCUACUGUUUUUCAAUGCUUGUUGGGCUACAAUUGGAGUAAUGUCCUUAGAGGGGAUGCUUCUCUUGCCAAGCUAGCAAAGCUUGAGGAAUUUUCCAGUAACCUGAGAAGAAGAACAGAGGCCAUAAAAAGGACAGAGUCAUGUGUCAGAACUGGCGACGACGAAGCAGAAGACUGCUGUUGCAUCUGCUAUGCUUGCAAUUCAGAUACCAUGUUUGAGCCAUGUCAUCACAAGUCAUGCCAUGGUUGCAUUACACGGCACUUAUUGAACGGCCAGCGAUGCUUCUUUUGUAAUGCGAUAGUCACAUCUGUGGUGAUGGUGGAACCAAGGAACUGAAGUUGGGAGACCAGAGGUUGGUUGUGAUUACUGAUUUCUGCAACCUGGUGGCCUAGGUCAUUGGCAUUAUCUGUGUCGUAGCUGUAAGGUAGUCAAGGGACCUUUUUUUCUUUGGGAUCACCACCAUCACUGUACAGUUGUUGCAACAAAGUUGUCAAUGCAAUGGAACAACAUACGUAAAAGAAAAGAUAUUACCCAUUUAUAUAAAUCCCUGAAGCUAUGGGUUGCAUAGAAGUACUGGGAGGGAUCUACAAAAGGUGAAUUUUGUAGAGUCUAGGCAUUUUAUUCUGUAUAUAUGAGAAUGUAAUUCAAGGAAAUCUUCUAUCUCCAGCUGCUAUUAAUCUAAAAUAAGGAGAGAUUGUUUAGGUGCUUUGCCUUGUU